AUGGAACCCUCCAACGUAAUCGCCUGGCUGCUUCCCUCAUCCACAAAUCAACCAGCCCUCGAAGCAAUCCGCAUGCCCCAAAACGCGACCCGAACCGUCUCCACGAUCCCCUCAUCCUACGAACUCAUCAUCCAAACACCAAACCCAAACCAACUCCCGCCCACAACACCAACAAUCGACCCCUCCCUCCUCACCAAAUCCUCCUCCUCCCUCGAGGCAUCAUCCACCACCAAACCCCGCCCAGCCCUCUCCCUGACCUUCACAUCGCCCCCCAAAUCCAACCCAGGCUUCGUCCUCGGCACCGACCCUACCCUCGCAGACAUCCUCCUCCCUUCCCUCCCGGGCAUCGCCCCAGCACACUGCCACAUCACUUUUGACGCCUCCCAUCGCCUCGUCCUCGUCGACACCUCGAACACCGGCACGGCCGUCUGGUACGACGGCGCUAGCACCGGCGACCGAACCCGCGAGUCCUGGGUUCUCAGUGCCGGCAGCACCUACGGAUUCCCCUCGAUGGUUGACCGCGUCGUGAUCGAUAUCCAGACGGUGCGGUUUCAGGUCAUCAUCAACGAGGCGCACGUCCUCAGGCCAGAGGCGUACAAGGAGAACGUCGAGACGUUCAUGUCAAGCCUCGAGAGCGCCAGCAUGAUCGCAGAGGCAGCAGCAGCACAACUCGUCCGCCGCGACGAAAAGGACGUCUGCGAUUUCUACUACAACUUCAACUUUGACCUCGGCUUCGACCUCGACUACAACUGCAACUACGACUUUGACUACGACAUGUCGGACGACGAAAUGGUGGACGACGUCGCCGAGGAAGAAAAGAUGGACUUCCUCCCCCCGAUCCCCUCCGUCGUGCCGCCUGCGUACGUGAAGUACCUGCUCACCUCGGACGACGGGGCGCCGCCGGAGACGUAUCUCUGGAACACGGCGAGGCCUUGGGAGCCGAUGGUCAAGGUCGUUUGCUGA